AUGAUAGGCACCCAAAGCUACCGGCAAGAAGGCCGCUCCGGCCCCUUCCCCCAGUCCCGCGCUGGCAAGAAGGCCCCCAAGAACCCUCUCAUUGAGAAGCGCCCCAAGAACUACGGCAUCGGCCAGGACAUCCAGCCCCGCCGCAACCUGUCGCGCAUGGUGAAGUGGCCCGAGUACGUCCGCCAGCAGCGCCAGAAGAAGAUCCUCGGCCUGCGCCUCAAGGUGCCCCCAGCACUGGCCCAGUUCCAGCACGUCCUGGACCGCAACACGGCCGCCCAGGCCCUGAAGCUGCUCAACAAGUACCGCCCGGAGACCAAGGCCGAGAAGAAGGAGCGCCUGCUGAAGGAGGCCACCGCCAUCAAGGAGGGCAAGAAGAAGGAGGACGUCAGCAAGAAGCCCUACACCGUCAAGUACGGCCUGAACCACGUUGUCGGCCUCGUCGAGAACAAGAAGGCCUCGCUCGUCCUGAUCCCCAACGACGUCGACCCCAUUGAGCUCGUUGUUUUCCUGCCGGCUCUGUGCCGCAAGAUGGGCGUCCCCUACGCCAUCAUCAAGGGCAAGGCCCGCCUCGGCACUGUCGUGCACAAGAAGACGGCCGCUGUCCUGGCCCUGACCGAGGUCCGCUCCGAGGACAAGACCGAGCUGAGCAAGCUCGUCUCGGCCGUCAAGGAGGGCUACCUGGAGAAGAACGAGGAGGCGCGCAAGCGGUGGGGUGGUGGUAUCAUGGGCGACAAGGCCAACAAGCGCACCGAGAAGAAGCGCAAGGCUCUGGAGUCCGCCAUCAAGGUGUAA